GCAGCUGAUCAGCCUAUUUUCGUGUCUUCAACGGCCAGCGACCUAGCAAAGGCACCCUCAGUCACCCAGCAGAAUGAAUACGCUUGCAGGUGCAGAUGAGCAAGGCCACGCCUGGCCGCCUUGGCUAGCGGGAGGACAUGCAUGGCGGAGACCACGAGGCGGGGUCGAUGAGGUGUGCCUGCGCUGCCGUCGAGAGCAAGCGGCGCGUGGCUCUGCCAGCCAUCGGAUCACUCUCUACGCUCAGGCAGGUGCCAUACCUCUAUACCCUAUUAUAUAAGAGACCCCCAAAUCCCUGAACAAGAACAACCACAUAGGUCGAUCCAGCAGAAACACUUUCUCCUCACAGCUAGCUAGCUAGCAGCAUGGCACAAGAUCAAUCCGUGGUCAAAGAGAUCGACCAACCUGGCCAAGAUCUUCCGACAUGGGAUGGAUGGUCCACGCCACUCACCCUCUACAACAGCUACUGGCUCAGAUCUCACACGGUAAGCAAGUUCAUGCUCGUCAGGGACAGGUUCAAGCCCCGCCGCGACGACAUCAUCCUCGCCACGCACCCCAAGAGCGGCACCACCUGGCUCAAGUCCCUCGCCUUCACCGUCUCCACCCGCUCCCGCUUCACCUUCGACAACACCCCUCUGCUCACCAGCAACCCGCAGCGCGUCGUGCCUUUCAUCGGCGUCAUGGGCGGAGACCUCGACAACCUCGAGGCCCUGCCGUCGCCGAGGCUGCUCUCGACGCACCUGCCGCUCUCCCUUCUCCCGCCCACCGUCUACACCGUCGGCUGCAGAGUCGUCUACCUCUGCCGGGAGCCAAAGGACGCGUUCGUGUCCAGGUGGCACUUCGAGAACAAGAUUGGCACAGGGGCUCCGAUCAGCCUCGACGAUGCGUUUCGCAUGUUCUGCCAAGGGAUCUCCCCCUUCGGCCCUUUCUGGGAUCACUACCUGGAGUAUUGGAAGGAGAGCCUGGCGAGGCCGCACGAGGUGAUGUUUCUCAGGUACGAAGAGAUCGUGUCUGACCCGCUCAUGGUCGUAAGGAAGCUCGCCACCUUUCUCGGAGUCCCGUUCACCGAGGAGGAGGAGGAGAGCGGAGUCGCCGAGCAGAUUGUGAGGUUCUGCAGCUUCGAUUCUCUUCGCAACCUGGACGUUAACAAAACAGGUGCCGGCGUUGAGCGUGCAGGAGGCAAGAUUCUCCUCGAGGCCGCGUCGCUCUUCAGGAAAGGGAAGGUUGGUGACUGGGUGAACCACAUGAGCAAGGACAUGGCAGAAGCAAUGGAUCACCUCGUGGAGGACAAGUUCAAGGGGUCUGGGCUAGAGUUCUGAGAUACGGCUUAAUUUGCGUGCCAGCUACUGUGAGUGCGUAGUGUAGUUGCAGCGUCUGAUGAUGGCCAUCAGUGUUUUCACCAAAGAUGUUGAACUCUGCAAUAAAUUUGGUCGUGUGCUUUGUUUGAUUA